AUGAGCUGCACUGUCAGGCAGGUCGUCACCACCUGCGCCCAGGGCAGGGGCAGCACGGGCAGCAACGCGGCUGGCACUGCCAGGAGGGUCUCCUCCGCCUCCUCGGGGAGACACGCUGCCUAUGACUUGGGUGCCGUGGUUGGCAGCUUCUCCGGCGGCAGCGUGAGCGAGGGAUUACUCGGGAAGCAGCUGAGCGCCGGCAGCGCGGCUGGUGGGAGCUUCGGAGCCACCCAGAGGGCUUGUUCUGCCCUGGGAUUCAGCGCAGGAGGCGUCUGCACUCGAGGUGGCUUCCCCAGGGCUGGGGCUGGCUGUGGGGAUGGCAUCCUGUUUGCUAACAACGAGAAGGCGACCAUGCAGAACCUCAACGACCGCUUGGCCUCGUACCUGGACAAGGUGCGGCUGCUGGAGGGGGACAAUGCCGACCUGGAGUGCAAGAUCAGGGAGUGGUACGCCAAGGUGGGGCCCAUCUGCGAGCCACGGGACUACAGCUGCUACCACAAGGAAAUCGAAGACCUUCAGAACCAGAUCCUGUGUGCAGCCAUGGAGACUAACAAAAUCCUUCUGAACAUUGAUAACAACAGGAUGACUGCUGAUGACUUCAGAGUGAAGUACGAGACCGAGUGUGGUCUCCGGCAGAACGUGGAUGCCGACAUUUGCAACCUCCGGCCCGUCCUGGACCAGCUGGCCAGCUGCAAGACCGACCUGCAGCUGCAGUGUGAGGCUCUGACAGAGGAGAUGUGCUGCCUGAAGACCAACCACGAGGAGGAAAUGAGCUGUCUGAGGAAACAGGCCACUGGGGAUGUGAGCGUGGAGGUCAACGCCUGCCCUGGCCCAGACCUGAGGAAGAUCCUGGAGGAUCUGCGGUGCCAGUACGAGACGCUGAUGGAGCGCAACCGCAAAGAGACGGAGCAGUGGUACGCCUGCAAGGUGGAGGAGGUGAAUCUGGAGGUUGUCACAAGCAGCCAGGAGAUCGAGUCAAGCAACAAGCAGGUCACUGAGCUGAGACGUCAGCUGCAGGCCCUGGAAAUCAAUGUCCAAGCCCAGCUCACUAUGAAAGAAAACCUGGAAUCCUCUUUGACGGAGACCGAGUGUCGCUACAACAAAUACCUGGCUGAGCUGCAGAACCAGAUCUCCUGUGUGGAGCAGCGGCUGGCUGAGAUCCGAGCGGAAAUGGAGUGCCAGAACCAGGAAUACAAGACCCUUCUGGACGUCAAGUGUCGCUUGGAGCAGGAGAUCCAGACCUACCACUGCCUGCUGGAGGGUGGCCAACACGACAUCAUAGGGUCGGCAGGAAGAGGAGUCGGUGCCACAGCAGCUGGGAGAAGCACGGGGCUGAAAGCCAACCUGUGCCAGCCCUGCCUGCCCUGAGGCUCUGCCAGGUCACUGCAGACCAGAGAGUCCCUGCCAGCCCCACUGCACAUCCCCUGAGGAGCUCUCUGAAGAAAAAGUCUUUUGGAAAACAAGGCAAAAAUAACUUGGGAGUUCUCAGCUGUGCUCCAGCAGCAGUCAGAGGGACUCUGGCACCUCCUGGCCACCCCACUCUGAUCCCACCACUGCCCCUCACUCAGGCUCCCCUGGGUUGUGGCCAUCCUCUAAC